GUCAAACAUAACUGUGUAAGCGUUGUGUCGUCAUUAGUAGUAUAGUCAAGGUUUGUUUAUGUUUUGACAUUUAAAUCUGUUCGAGAUCAUCAUUUACAAGCCGAAAAAAAGUUUAUUUACAAUAGUCCUCACACUCACGCAUUCAAAUCACACGUUCAAUAAGAGGGCAUACAUUUUCGUUCAAUCAUUAUUGGUAAAUAGUUGCUAUUUUCGCGUCGACAGAAAAAGGUGUAUUAUCGUGUGUCGUUAUCGCGUAGAAAAAAAAAACCUUUUGUUUGAUAAUAUUGAUAAUAAAAAAAUGACAUUAUCGGGCAGUGAAAAGUACAGUAGAAGGAAACUGGGAUAUGAGCACAAUGGUGCAUCUAAUCCGAAGCUACAAAUAUCAUUAAGAAGCAGUAUUCUGAUUUUUGGAGUUAUCGUUUCGGUAAUUGUGCUGAAAUUGCUUGUGGUAUUGACUGGAAAACCUGCUGUGUCCAUAAUGCUUGAUACCGGAGCUAUUGUGCUAGCAAAAAUUCAGCUGUUAUCGAAUUGGUUAUCAGAGAAUUGCAGCCAUUUGUUAUGGCCAUCAAUCAAGGGAUCAUCGUGGAUUUUGUUUUCGUGGAUGUUAUUGUAUUUAGACAGUAGUGAACCAGGUGUGAAUCCACCAACAACAUUGUCUCCACGUCGGACAAAUUACAUCCGCAAAUCAUCUUCCCAUCAUAUUGGCUACCUAACAUCAUUGGCAACUGGAAUUGUUAUUUUCUGUUUGAGCUUAUCAAAUGUUUAAUUUAUUUCUCUUAAUUUACUCUUAGUUCAGAGUACUAGUUAAAGUAAUGUGUUUCCGUUCCUAGCACAGCACACAACAGAUUUUUCAGUGAAUCAUUCAAAUUCAGAAUCGGUUCGUAGAUUUUGUAAAGAUCUCGGCAUGGGAAAUAGUUUGCAUGUUCAGAAUAAUUUGUUUGUGCAAGUCUUAUCGACUUGUGUGUUACCAGCUAAGAUAUUUAUUUAUUGGUUUUCAUUUCUGUGAAUUAAAAUUGAAAACA